AUAUAUAUAUAUCAUAUAAAUUAAGUUUAAUAAUAAAGUUAUUGAAACGCAAAACAAGAUUUUGUUGUUAAUCAGCGUAAACGUAAACUGUGUGAAAAAUGAACGACGAAAAAUUAAUUGAGAUGGUGAGAGAUUAUCCGGUUUUGUACGAUUUGUCUCACGCAAAGUACAAUGACAUUAACUACAAAAAUGGUAUUUGGAAGGAAAUAGCAAAACAACUAAAAGAAGAUUGGCCAUCUUGUAAAACUAGGUGGAAUAACAUAAGAGACAAUUAUAGAAAGUCAUUAAAAAAAACAGUACAACAAAGUGGUGCUAGUGCAAAAAAAUUAAACCUUAUAAAUAUGCGUCGCAAAUGGGAUUCGUAAAAAAAUUUUUCGAAGAGAGAAGAACCAAAGGAAAUAUUAACAGUCAAAAUGAAGAAAUUGCAGAUGAAGAUGAUCUAAAUAGUGAAGUUGAAAAUAUAGAAGAAAAUGAUGGUAACCCCGAAUUACCCAUAGAAACUGAUGAUGCAGUUGACCCAAACCAGUCAAAUCCAGACUUGCCAAACCAGCUUUCCCAGGUUCCACAUGAGAACAACAAAAACAAGAUAAUUGCAAUUAAAGCACGUAAAAAGAAAACCUCUGUGCCGGUAGCGUAACAAACAGCCUCAUCGAAAUUAAUGGAUUACUUGUUACAACAAAAAAAAGAAACUCAAUCCAGCAACAAAAACAUAGAUGCGGUCGAUGGAUUUUUGAUGGGGAUAAGGGCAACCUUAAAAACACUCCCCCCAUAUUUAUUACAUUUAGCGAAGACUGAUAUAUUUGCAACAACACAAAAAUACGAAUUACAAAUGCUGCAACAAUCAAAUCUAUCAUCAUCAACUUCUACCCCAAUGCCUUCACCUAUCAUGGAUAUUAAUGCAGCCGAUUAUCAACAAUCCCAGCCUACAAUGCAUAACUUUUACUCCAGUUAUUAUCCACAAUUAUAUAAUCAUACAAUAAAUAAUAUAAUAAAUAUAUUUUGUAGUAAAA